AUGGCACCUAAGAAGAAAGCCGGCAAGGAGCCCACAGGCGAAGGUACCCCUGCGGCUAAGAAGCCAGCACAGAAGAAACCGACGCAAGUGGGCAAGAAAUCCGGCGGUGCAGCCAAGAAGCCACCUCCAAAGAAGCCAGUGGGCAAAACCCCUGCUACGAUCAAGAAGGAAACAAAGAAGAGAUCCACCAAAGCCACAGGCAAGGCGGACACUGUGAUCAAGGAUGAAGAGAUGCCUGACAAACCUGCUGGCAACACGCGCUCUGCGACCAAGAAAGGACUGAAGGGUGGACCCACCAAACCCGCGGGCAAGGCAGUCACCGCCACUGCCACUACCAAGAAACCUAAAAGGAAACCCCCCAAACCUGCAAGCAGGACCAGAGCUGCGACCGAAGAGCCAAUCGCAGAGCCGGUCGAUAUCCCAAGCGAGGAGGACACACCAGCAGCGAGCCCGAAACGCAAGCGAAAAACCGAAGACACAUGGACUGAAACCACCGACUUACCAGUCCCUAAAUCGCCAAAACUAGAUGAAGGAUCCUCUCUUAGCUCAUCUAGGAAAAGCAGGGACAUCUGGACGCUAGAGGAAUUUGCUUCGGAGGGAUGGGAUACCGAGGACUUUGACAGCGAAAUCUGUUGCAUUCACACAGUAGACCUCUCCCGAAUUCCAUCUCCAUUCGCCAACCUGGCAGAUCGCACGGGAAGAUUCAUGCAUAUUAUUGAUAACCACACGCACCCAAGGGUGCGUCUUUUUUCCCACAGUAUCCACAGCGAGGAUACCGCGUCGCUUCUCCAUAAGCUCCAUGGACGUCUUGAUGGAGCUUUCGGUGCGCUUUAUAGCGAAACAUCACGCCAGGAGUUCUUUACAGUGCGGUCGGACAGGCCCGAAUUCUCGCUCGAGGUGAGAAAGGGAGAUGCAACAAUUGCGGGCAUCUCUUUCGAUAUCCAUAUUCGCAAGAAUGCCAGGACGGGCGAGAUAGGCUAUUUCGUUGUCAACAAAGAGUGGAAUCAUUUCCUCGUCAACGAGAAACAGAUAGGCGCGAAGCUUGCGGCCGGACCUCUUCCUGACUUUGCAGUUAUCCAGAUUGAUCGCUGGGUCAUAUUCUGGUGGCGUACACAAGCGGCCAUGGACUAUAUACCAGAGGCGAUGUCGCAGGUGGCAAAAGAGGUAGAAGAAGGGGGGGCAACCAAGGAGCCAUCACGUCCCCCUCCCAAUGGCAAAGAACGAGAGGAUACUACUGAAACGCCAUCACCUCCCCCUUCCCGCGGCAAAAAAGGAGGUGAUACUGCUAAGGAGCCACCACAGCCCUCAACGAGUGGCAGAGAGGGAGGAGAGACUGUUGGGGACCCACUGGGCGUGCUGACAGGUUGGGAAGAAGUCUUUCACUGGCGCCGAGUGGCUCACCAAGAGCAACAAGCCGCAGCCGGUGAUGGCCAUGCGUACUACCAAAUCGACUCAUCCUCAGGCAUGACCAUUGAUGACGUCUUGUUCGCAGUGGCGACAGUUUGGGAGCCGCUCAGGAAUCGAGGUACGCACUUUGCGUUUGCCGGCCUCGAUGUCUUCGAUCACUCUGUUCAACAAAUGGAUACACCGAAUCGACUGCAAGGCUCUGGCGUGGUUGGCGGAGGAGAUAUAUUUAUCAUGCCGCUAUUGUUGUCUCCACCUGAUACAGAGGACGUUGAGGAAGAAUACACGGAAAGCCUGGAGAAAAAGGAACAAGAGACGAAUGCAAAAGGGAAGGUGAAGAAAGGCAAGACCAAAGCCAGCGCCGAAGAACCAUCCUUUGAACUUGGCCAUUUCCUGCUUGCCGUAGCCGAAAAAGACUCCACGAAAUCGAAGAAGGUCAAUAUAACGAUAUUUGACAGUCGAAUUAUCACCUUGGAUAAAGAUGUGAUCCGUGGGAGAGCAACAGAACUUGCCUGUACUUGGCUGGGUACAAAAGUAGAAACUGAAUUUGUUUUCAGAAAAGUUCCACAGCAAAUAGGCAAUUCCAACGCUUGUGGACUCUAUGUGAUCCUCAAUGCAUGGGCGAUCAUGCUCGACAUUGGGCCAAUAAUCGAGAGGUCAAGCCGCCGCAAAGGAUGUGGGACCGACACUGGAUUCCUAAAUUUUGGUCUAAAUGUGGUCAAUUUGGCUCUGGCCGGUUUUAUGGACUCCAGGACAAUUCGGGCGUUUCUGAAUUGCUACGGCUACACGAAGGUGGAAGAGCCUCUCGAUCAAGGAGACGCUAUGAACAAUACUGUCAAAGCGGUCAGGAUGGAUUCGGAGCGGUUGGAGCGCGCACUGCAGGCUGCUGAACUGCGUUCGCCAUCGUCCUCAAUAGCCUCCGCACAUAGCCCCGGGUCUACUAACCUCAAAAAGGCUGUCUCUGAAAGUAAGCUUCAACAAUUCAUGAACCUGGCCCCUGAUGCAACACUGGAGCAGGCAGAAUCGUUUCUUGCGACUGCAACGGGAGACGUCGAUAAGGCUCUCAUGGACUUUACGAAGUAUGAAUCAUCAAAGCCGGACGGGUCCGCUGGAGCAGAGGCCAGCUAG